AUGUCGAACUACCAUGGGCUUUCCGAGAGCAUGCUUCAUCAGCCGGUGGGGGGGGGGAGACCGCGCGUGUGGCCUGCCAUGCGCCAAGAGGACAACAUGUCGCAAUCCUGGGAUAGCACUACUGCUCGAGCGAGCGCGCCGGGAUGCCCUACGAAACCCGAGCCCGAUAUGCGUAGAGAUCACAGCACGAUGAGAGAGGGUCGUAUUAAUGCACAACCUUAUGGGUGUCGGUCGAAGCGCAAAAGUUUCCUGCACGGCAUGCUGACCACUUAA